GUGCCCCUUCAGUGCCGGUGAAGAAGUCCCCGGCCACCCUACCCAGGAACUUCACGCUCCCCAAAGAUCCCCACGGCUCCCUGCUGAGAGGCCGGAUGUCCACCCCCACCGGGUCCCCCCACCUGGGGUCGCUGCACCCCCCGCUGCCCCCCAGCUGCAUCAUCGAGGAGCUGCACCGAGCGCUCGCCACCAAACACAGGCAGGACAGUUUCCAGACGAAGGACUCUCGCUCGUCUCUGAAGCGCCGGAUGGACGGACGUCUGUCCCGGACGUCCAGCACGGAGCGGGAAUCGAACCGAGAGACGGACGGGAAGAAAGAGUCGGACGAGAACAAGGAGAACUGGCAUCUCGAUGAAUACCUGAACGACCAGGACAGCUGGAACGACUCCGUCAUCUCCG